UUUCCGUGGCGGAAGAUGGCGGACAGCUGCGGAGCAGUGGCAGCGACGAGAGGUGACUGUGGCUCCGUGUCCUGCGUGUCCUCCGUGUCCUGCGUGUCCUCCGUCAGCAUGGACACCAUCUGUGCCCUGACGGAGCUGGAGGACCUGGAGAAGGUUUACCAGCAGCUCUGUGAGCAGGAGAAAGACGUGGAGACAGAGCUGGACAGACUGCUUGGACAGGAGGGGAGCAUUCACACCAAGAUGCUGGCUCUGCAGAGGAUGGGGCCAAACCUACAGCUGAUUGGAGGAGAUGCCAGUCAGCUGUCAGGCAUGAUCACAUUCACCUGCAGUCUGGCUGAGAACGUGAGCCGAAAAGUCCGACAGCUGGACCUAGCAAAGACUCGGCUGUAUAAUGUGAUCCAGCGUGCCGAUGAUAUCUUGGACCUAAAGUUCUGCACGGACGGCGUUCAGACAGCGCUGCAUAAUGAGGAUUACGAACAGGCUGCUGCACACGUCCAUCGAUACCUUUCUCUGGACCAGUCUGUUAUUGAGCUGAGCCGCCAGGGAGAAGAAAGCAGUGCUGUGGAUGCCAGUCUGGUCCUGCUGCAGGAGGCAGAGCAGAAACUCAAGGUCAUAGUUGCUGAGAAGCUGGAUGAAGCAGUAGCAGCUGUGGACCUCGCUCAGGUGGAGAGGUUUUUUAAGAUCUUCCCUCUGUUGGGUCUUCACCAGCAGGGCCUCGCCCGCUUCGGUCAAUACCUCAGCACUCAGUUGGCCUCUAAAGCAGAGGAGAACCUGAUUGUAGCUACAGGAGGAGGAGACCUGGGUGAAAAGAGAUCACUGCUGAUAUUUGCAGACACGCUGACUCUGCUGCUGGAAGGUAUCGCUCGUGUCAUUGAGACUCAUCAGCCUGUCGUAGAGACAUAUUAUGGUCUGGGACAUCUUUACACUCUCAUCACUCACCUGCAGAAUGAAUGUGACAAACAGGCUCAGAGAAUCGUCGACAAGUUCAUUCAGCAGAGAGGAUAUCACAACAAGUUUCAGGUGGUUCAGAGCAGCAUGAUGAAGAGUGUGCCAGCUGAGUUGAUUGAGCCCAGGGAACUGGACCCUGUCCUGGCUGAAGUGACCCUGAUGAACGCACGCGCUGAGCUUUACCUGCGCUUCUUACGCCGUCGCAUGAUGGCUGAUUUCGAGGUCGGAGACGCUCAGAGCGUCACACAAGAGCAUCAGCAGAAUAUGGAGAAGCUGCUGAAACACUGUCUGCUGAGCACCAGGAUGCAGGAGCUGAUUGGUUACUAUGUUCCAAUGGAGGAAUAUUACAUGAGAGAGUCUGUCAACAAGGCCGUUGCUAUGGAUACGUAUGAAAAGGGUCAGCUGACGUCCAGCAUGGUGGACGACUGUUUCUACAUAGUGAAGAAGUGCAUCAGCAGAGCUUUGUCCAGCUCCAGCAUCGACUGCCUGUGUGCCAUGAUCAACCACGCCAACUCUGUGCUGGAGUCUGAUUUCAGGGAGGUUUUGUACAACAAACUGCGUCAGGGUUUUCCAGCGACGACGCUUCAGGACAUCCAGCGCGGCGUCAGCAGUGCGGUCAGUCUGAUGCAGAGCAGCUUACAGCAGGGCAAGUUCAACACGCUGGGCAUCGAGAGCACCGAGAACGCCAAGGCCGCCUUUCUGGUGACUCUCAAUAAUGUGGAGGUGUGCAGUGACAACAUCUCCACUUUAAAGAGGAAUCUGGAGAAUGACUGCUCCAAGCUGUUCAGUCAGGGAGGAAACACCGGAGAUCAGGCCAAGAUCCAGAGCUGUCUGUCUGACCUCGUCAACACGUCCACCAAGUUCAAGGAUCUGCUGCAGGAGGGUCUGACUGAGUUGAACACCACAGCAGUGAAACCUCAGGUCAAACCCUGGAUCAGCAGCUUUUUGGUCGUCUCACAUAACAUCGAGGAGGAGGAGUUUAACGAUUAUGAAGCCAAUGAUCCGUGGGUGCAGCAGCUCAUCGUUAACCUGGAGCAGCUCAUGGCAGAAUUUAAGGUGGCGCUCUCUCCCGUCAUCUACGACACGCUGACCAGCCUGAUGACCAGCCUGGUAGCAAUUGAGAUGGAGAAGACGGUCCUGAAGUGCUCCUUCAGCAGGCUGGGCGGUCUGCAGUUUGAUAAAGAGCUGCGCUCUCUCGUCGCGUACCUCACCUCCGUCACCACCUGGACCAUCAGGGACAAGUUUGCUCGUCUCACACAAAUGGCCACCGUCCUCAACCUGGAGCGGGUUUCAGAGAUCUUGGAUUACUGGGGCCCAAACUCGGGGCCCCUGACGUGGAGGCUGACCCCAGCAGAGGUGCGUCAGGUCCUGGCUCUGCGCAUCGACUUCAGGAGUGAAGAUAUCAAGAGACUGAGACUGUGAUUCAGGAAGCUCUGUGUGCUCAGUCACCUGACCUGAGGUCUGCACAGUGACUGAGAUCAGUCACUGAUCUCAGUCACUGAUCUCAGUCACUGAUCUCAGAUCUCCUGUAAAUGGCUGAGGGAUUUUUAUUUAUUUUUUAUUUCUCUCCCAGGAGAUUUAAGUUGCCUUUUGCUCCACAGCAGCUGUCUGUCUGUCUGUCUGUCUGUCUGUCCGUAAGUAAGUAAGCUACUCUUCAUGGGUUAGGGGCGGAGCUUGUGGUUUAGUGGCAGCUGUGAGAAUAUUAUCUGAAUACUGUGUGUGUGUGUGUGUGUGUGUGUGUCAUGUGUAAUUAAAAGUCUGAGUGUGUAAUUGUAGCACACUUUGAACCUGUGA